AUGCCGUUCGUCAAUCCUCUCACUCGGAAGCGUGCUCGGUCGAGCUCGCCACAACGAAAGUUUCGCCAUGUUCGCCCCAAAGCUGCCCCUCUCACCCAGGUCCUCUACGACGGCACCGCUUCUGCUGCCUCGGUCGAUUCGGACAAGGACAGACUUCUAGCAAAGAACAACUUCGGCACGAAAGUUCGAAAUGGCUUCUCCAGCAUCAUCGGGCUCCUUAGCUCUGAAAAGAAGUCUGAUCAUGGGUUCACGAUCGAGUCAGACGGUUCGGCCAUUGCUGUCACUCGCACCGGCCUUGGUGCUGGGCUAGUACACAAUAGCCAGUCAACAGGCAGCGUCGUCGUCAAGAAAGGAUCAGUCUUGCGGCUCGUAGGUGCCUCAUACGAAGAGGAGACUGCAAUGCCCAUGACUGCACCAGACACACCACAGGCUUACACCGACAUUGGCAGCAGUCCUUCGUCCAUGUCGAUGCACAGCGCUGACUACGUCCAUCACCGUCCAUCCACGCCCACUCUGGCCAACAAGAUUCAACACAGACUGCAGCAGACUUUCAGCAACCAUCCCACAGUGGUUCACCGGUCCAAUCUCAGAACACGCCCGAGCGUGCAUACCUUGCAGACCGACAGUCCGGAGUGGAUGCUGUCCCAGGUCUCUUCCUCUCCAUCAGCGUAUACCAGCGGAAGCGGGUCCUCCCCCAAGGAUCCGCACAAGUCGACACCUGCAACUUCGAAUUCAGAGGGUUCUCCUGCUACACCAACUUCUGUCCGACAUUAUGAGCCUAUCAUCAUUGCGGACAAUGAUCAACUGAUCACAUUUGGCUACGACGUCAACCGUCCAGCAUCACGAAUGUCGACCAUUCCUGAGUCCACGGCUGGACCAUCACUGUCAGUCAAGACAGUCGAAGCUACAGCUGCAGCCAAGGUCUUCUUCGAAACACAUUUCAAUAACAUGCUGAAUGGAUUCUGUCCACGUGAUAGCCGGGAGAAGUCACUUAUGGCACGAAUGCGUGAGCUCUAUGUACCCUCCAUGUUGCACGAAGAGGCACAGAAGUUGUUGCAGAAGUACGAGAGUGACAAUCUCCGCCUCCGCCGAGUGCUGAAGAGUCAUCUGCCUGGCAAGCCGAACCCGAUUGCCGUCGGCGGCUUUGAGGUUGUCAAAGUCCUCGGCAAGGGGAGCUUCGGUGUUGUGAGACUCGUCAAGGAGAAGGCACAUCUCGGAAGCCAUCUCUAG